AUGAAGCAGGUGCAGACUUCUAGAAUGGCUGCCCACGUCAGAGAGAUCACCAAGAACAUGGCGAGACACCUCAUACAACUGGUUUCGGAGACCUCUGAGAACCUGAGGAUGAUGGAGGCGACCGAUCACUUUGAUCUCGUACAAGAACUCGGAGAAGGGACUUAUGGGAAGGUUCUCAUGGGCAAACACAAGCAGUCAGGUCAGGUCGUGGCUAUAAAAAUGUUGGCGAAGGAGAAGACCCCAGAGGAUAACUUCCUCCUGGAAUACGGCAUCUCCCUCACCCUCAGUUGCCACCCGAACAUCAUCCUGACUCAUGAGAUCGCGUUCCAGACCAGUCGGGAUUAUGUUUUCAUUCAGGAGGUAGCACCGGCAGGAAAUCUUCAGUCCAUUGUUAAAACUAAGGUCGGGUUGCCGGAGGACAUGGUGAAGCGUUGCGUUCCUCAGAUAGCCAACGCCCUGGACUUCAUGCACAACAGAGGAAUGAUCCAUCGGGAUCUAAAGCUCAAUAAUGUUCUUCUGAUGGACCAAGAAUGUCACAGGAUAAAACUUGCCGACUUUGGACUCACCCGUCUCCAGGGCACUUACACAUCUUCUCUGUCUCGGAUUAAACCAUAUGUCGCUCCGGAACUCUGCCGCUUAAGAAAAGGAGAAGAGCUCUUACUCCAUCCCAGUCUUGACGUUUGGGCCUUUGGUGUCCUUGUCUACGUUGCGCUAACCGGAUUCUUCCCUUGGCGAGGGGCGGAGCGUGGUGAUCCAAGGUAUAAGGAAUUCGCCUGGUGGCAGGUGAAGAAGGAUCCGUCAGCAGCUCCAGAGAAGUGGAAGGAAAUCUCGGUGGAAGCCAGAGGGAUGUUCUGGGGAUUGUUGGCCAUCAAUGCCGCGGAGAGGUGCUCGGUCAUGGACGUUCUGAAAUACAUGCACGUUCCAUGGAAAGCAGAGGUCCCGUCAUAA